AUGCUUGUCUGUGAUUGAUUGCUUCAGCUCAUAUUUUCAUGUCGGCUUCUCACAUAAAGCAAACGAAAUAAAAUCAAAAAAUAAUCAAAAGUUGUCUUCCUUUUCUUCACUUCUCUCUGAUUUCCCGGCGACAACUCAGUUUCCUUCAGCUUUGCUCCUUCAGACAUCAACCUGCUCCUACCUUAAUCCUCACAAAAACUACUUCUUUUCCUUACUUCUUCUCUUUCUGUUUUUUGUGUUUAUGGGUUUCUUGCUCAUGUUGGUGUCUUAAAGAUUUUGGCUACUUGGGCACAUUCAGUUUCACUUGGUUUAGUUGCAAAGUUGUGGUUUUUGGAUUUUUGAGCUUGUGAUUCUUCAACCAGAAAGUGGGUGCUUUUAUGUUGAGCUGUGUCUAGUUGUUGAAAUUGGCAACUUUUAUUUGGGUUUGGACCAAAGAAUUAAAGAGUGGCAUUUUAUUUUUUUUUGGGAAAAAAGGUGAAGUUUGUGGUAAGAAUCAAUCAUAUAUAGUUGUGAGUUUUUGAGGAGGUUUUGGUGCUAUUUUUGGAGGAUGUGUUGAAGUUAAAAUUGAUAUUUGUGGAAUACUUGAGGAACAAGGUGAAAUCUUGUUGAGAACUUGUUUGAAGGUUCAUCGUCAUUAUUAUCACAUUUAAAGGUUAUAAUGAAGGCUCCUUCUAAUGGUUACUUGCUUAAUUCUGGUGAAGGAGGAGAAAGGAAGACCAUAAAUUCAGAGUUAUGGCAUGCUUGUGCCGGGCCAUUGGUUUCUAUACCUCCUGUUGGAAGUCUUGUUGUUUACUUUCCUCAAGGACACAGCGAGCAAGUUGCAGCAUCCAUGCAAAAGGAGGCAGAUUUCAUACCAAGUUACCCUAAUCUUCCAUCCAAGUUGAUUUGCAUGCUUCACAAUGUUGCUCUUCAUGCUGACCCUGAAACCGAUGAGGUCUACGCACAGAUGACCCUUCAACCUGUAAAUAAAUAUGACAAGGAAGCAAUGUUGGCUUCAGACAUGGGUCUAAAACAAAACCAACAACCUACUGAAUUCUUUUGCAAAACUCUAACAGCUAGUGACACUAGCACUCAUGGUGGUUUUUCAGUACCUCGUCGAGCUGCCGAGAAAAUAUUCCCACCUCUGGACUUUUCAAUGCAACCACCAGCUCAGGAAAUAGUUGCCAAAGAUUUGCAUGACACUACAUGGACGUUUAGACAUAUUUAUCGCGGACAACCUAAGAGGCAUCUAUUGACUACUGGUUGGAGUGUCUUUGUUAGCACGAAAAGACUCUUCGCCGGAGAUUCUGUUCUUUUUAUCAGAGAUGAAAAGCAGCAACUUCUUUUAGGUAUAAAGAGAUCCAGUAGACAGCAACCAGCACUAUCUUCAUCGGUUAUAUCGAGCGACAGCAUGCAUAUUGGCAUUCUUGCUGCCGCGGCUCAUGCUGCUUCGAAUAACAGCCCGUUUACUAUAUUUUAUAAUCCAAGGACCAGCCCGUGCGAAUUUGUGAUUCCAUUGGCCAAGUAUAAUAAAGCCCUGUACACUCAUGUUUCCCUUGGAAUGAGAUUCAGAAUGAUGUUUGAGACUGAGGAUUCGGGAGUACGUAGAUAUAUGGGUACAAUCACUGGGAUUAGUGACUUGGAUCCCGUUCGAUGGAAAAAUUCACAAUGGCGCAAUCUUCAGGUUGGAUGGGAUGAAUCAACAGCUGGUGAACGUCCAAGCCGAGUUUCGAUUUGGGAUAUCGAACCAGUUGUGACUCCUUUCUACAUUUGCCCGCCUCCGUUUUUUAGGCCGAAGUUCCCCAAACAACCAGGAAUGCCAGAAGACGAGUCUGAAAUCGAAAAUGCUUUCAAGAGAGCUAUGCCCUGGCUUGGAGAUGAACUCGGCAUGAAGGAUGCGUCGAGUUCAAUCUUCCCUGGUUUGAGUUUAGUACAAUGGAUGAGCAUGCAGCAGAAUAAUAAUAAUAAUCAGUUUUCUUCUCCUCAGUCAGCGCUUUUACCUCCAUCCAUGCUUUCAUCAAACACACUUCACGGUAACGGUAACCUUAACACCGAUGAUCCGUCCAAGAUAUUGAACUUUCAAUCCCCUGCUGCGCUCUCUGCUCCAAAUCUUCAAUUUAACAAACCUAAUUUACCAAACCAAGUCAAUCAGUUGCAACAGCCCCCGACAUCGUGGUCUCAGCAGCAGCAACAGCAGCAGAAGAUGCAAUCAUUGUUGCAAACGCCGUUAAACCAGCUGCAGCAACAACAGCAGCAGCAGCAGAGGCAACUGCAGCUGGCCGGACCGCAAAAUCUGCCGCAGUCACAACAACAGCCUCAACUAAAUCAACAUAAUACACAGCAGCCUCAGCAGCAGCAGCAACAACAACAACAACCGUGUCAAAACGCCACUAUGAAUAAUGGCACAGUUAGUUCUAACCAGAUUUCAAAUCAAUGUGUGCCGCAACAAGUAACAUACUCUCAACUUCAGCAACAGUUACUCUCGACGCAACAAAAUUUCCAAUCCGGUGGCAAGAAUGGAUUGAUAAUGACAUCCUUACCACAAGACUCACAAUUUCAGCAACAGAUAGAUCCGCAACAAGCAAGUCUUUUUCAGCGGCAGCAGCAGCAACAAACUCAAUUGCAACAAUCUUCAUUACAGUUAUUGCAACAAAGCAUGUUACAAAGGACACCACAACAAUCGCAAGUAUCUCAAAUUUUGCCGCAAAACAUCUCAGACCAACAAUCACAGAUGCAGCUGCUACAGAAGUUGCAACAGCAACAACAGCAGCAGCAGCAACCUCUUUCGACGUCUUUGCCACUCUUGCAGUCUCAGCUUCUGCAGCAACAGAAUACUCCCCAGCAAUUGCCGCAGCUGCCUAUGUCACAGCAUCAGCCUCAACAGCUUGGCAACAACGCGUUCUCCAUGGAGAAGCUUCUCAACAACAACUACUCUUCUUCACCUCUCAUGCAUUCGCAGCAGCUUCCCGUAAACCAUCCUCAGAACACACAAAAGUCACCAACGAAUACCAGACCUCCCUCCGCUUUUACAGAUGGAGACGCCCCAUCAUGCUCCACUUCGCCGUCUACUAAUAACUGUCAGACGUCGCCUCCAAACCCCCUUAAAAGAAAUCAACCAGACGCGUUUGGAGGACCUUCGUUAGUCGAAACUACCAAUAAUAUUAUGCAUGAGCUUCAAAGUAAGCCCGACAUGCAGAAUAAACACGAAUUACACAGUGAAAAAGGACCUGACAAGCAAAAGCACAAAGGGGCAAUCAAUGAUCAGAUGGAAGCUUCUUCCGGAACGUCGUACAAUAUUGAUCCAGUUAACAUCCACCAGAACUUUCCACUUUCCAACUUCUACAUGGAUGGUGAUGUCCACUCACAACAACCUCGAAGUAAUUUACCAUUUGCCCCCAACCUUGAUGGAUUAACACCCGAUCCUUUGCUCUCAAGAGGUUACGAUUCUCAAAAAGAUCUUCAAAACUUGUUGUCAAAUUACGGUGGUGCUCCAAGAGACAUUGAAACUGAGCUUUCAACCGCUGAUAUUAGUUCACAGUCGUUUGGGGUGCCGAACAUGUCCUUUAAGCCCGGAUGCUCAAAUGAUAUUGCCAUCGCUGAUACCGGGGUUUUGAACAGUGGCUUAUGGUCUAAUCAAACUCAACGAAUGCGAACGUAUACUAAGGUUCAAAAAUGUGGCUCGGUCGGAAGAUGUAUCGAUGUCACCCGAUACAAGGGAUAUGAAGAACUCCGAAAUGAUUUGGCUCGAAUGUUUGGGAUUGAAGGUCAGCUAGAAGAUCCUCUAAGAACCGACUGGAAACUAGUAUACGUGGAUCACGAAAACGACAUUCUUCUCGUAGGGGACGACCCUUGGGAAGAAUUUGUAAACUGUGUCCAAAGCAUAAAGAUACUAUCAUCUGUUGAAGUACAACAAAUGAGCUUGGAAGGGGACUUAGGUUAUAAUAUUCCAAUCACCAAUCAAGCUUGCAGUGGUUCAGAAAGUGGCAAUGCAUGGAGAGCGCAAUAUGAUGAUAACUCGGCAGCAUCGUUCAACCGAUGAUAACCGAGUCGGGUAUUCACAUUCUUCAGCAUUCAACUUGUACACAUUUAGGAAGAUGGAAAAAUCUAACUUAACCCUUCAAAAUUUUCUUCUUGCUUCUUUGUAUGGAAGUAAGACAUUCAUUGCGAAAGACGCAUUUCAUACAUAGCUGCAUCCGGGCGCGUCGGCACCCGUCGACACACUGGUUUUAUUGGUGAGAAAGAUAUUUAGAUCAUUAGAUGUAUCAAGAAUAUUUUUUUUUCACUAUAAAAUGCUACAUCAUUCUUUAGAACAUGUUUUGUUGUAACACGAGUAUAAAAUAUAAAAUGUGUGAGAUGUCGCAAAUUUGAA